CCCCACCCCCCUCCCGUGCACCAUUCGGGGCGGGGGCCAACGGCAAAGAGGUGGAGGCGACGGAUUGGCCGUUAACCGGCAGGUGGACCUGUUAGAAGCAACGCUUUCGUGACAAUCAAUGCGGAACGUGACUGUGCUGGCGGCGGCCUGCUUUUGUGUCCUCGCCAUCAUUAUCCCUUUCGGAUUGCAGCCUGGCCGCGAUCCCGGUAGCCUGUUCCAGUUUCGAGAGUGGACAACAGAUCAGUUCGAUAUUGUGAUCGGUAUACUGUCAGCUCGCCACCACCAUGGGUUACGUAAUGCACUCCGAAAUACCUGGCUGGGGCAUUUACAGCAUUUGAACCAGCGUGUCUUUGCAAAGUUUAUAAUUGGGACUUAUGGCUGCGACAUUCCUGAUGAGGACAGAGAGGAUCCCUACUCCUGUCAAUUACUCAACUUUACAAACCCAGUUAUAGGCCAGGAAAUUGAAGCUGUCAGUCUGUUCGGAACUCCUGCUUCAACACUGCUGGGAAGCAAGAUUUCAAAGAUUGACUUCCGCGUUCUCCAUCCCAUUAUUAUUACAAGAGUUGGGGUAUUCCAUGAUCAGGGAGGAGCAGGUUUUCAUCAGAAUCUCACUGUCCGACUCUACCAAACCACGCUGGAGGAGGUGAUUGCCAGUGCCCGCUUCAGUCCACUCAGCUCGGGAGUACAAGUGAACCAACUGUGGUAUAAACCAGUGGAAAGAUUCCUUUUACCUAAGGGCUUUGAAGGCACCAUUGCUUGGGAGAGCCAAGACUCUCAGUACCUCAUUACCACAAACCUCACUGAUGUCGUCCUUGACAGUGGAGGAGGUGUUCUUAGAUUCUCUGCAGCUCAGCUUCAGGCAGAGAAGCAGGUGAUUCAGGAUGGUUUUGGACAGAAUGUGGCCGCUGUGGCUGGGGGUUUUACCUACACCAUUCAUGAUGGUGCUACACUCUUGGAAAGCCUCACCACUAGGCCCAAGCGGUUUGAAAUCCACAAAAAUAAGCUCAGGGAAGAAGAUGCUGCCUUACAAAAAGAAAGCCAAACCUAUCAAGAUAUUGUUUUUGUAGAUGUAAUAGACACAUACAGAAAUGUGCCACACAAGUUGCUUCAGUUUUAUCAGUGGUCUGUGAAGACAACGAGUUUCAAGCUGCUACUAAAAACGGAUGAUGAUUGUUAUGUCGAUGUGGAGGCAGUACUGGACAGAGCCGGAGAGAGACUGGGAGCUACGAAUGUGUGGUGGGGAAAUUUCAGGCAGAAUUGGGCAGUGGAUGGAAGUGGGAAGUGGAUGGAGCUGGAAUACCCAAGUCUGGUCUAUCCGGAUUUUGCCUGUGGUUCUGGUUACGUCGUCUCUCACAACUUAAUUCAAUGGCUGGCAGAGAACGCCAAGACACUAAAAGUCUAUCAGGGUGAAGAUGUCAGCAUGGGUAUUUGGAUGGCUGCAGUUGGACCUCAGCGACAUCAGGAUCCUCGCUGGCUGUGUGAAAAGAAAUGUCUGCACGGUGCUCUAUCAUCCCCACAGUACUCUCCAAAGGAGUUGCUUGAGUUGUGGAAGAACAAGGAAGAGUGUGGAAACCCCUGUCACUGUCAAAAGUGAGAUUGUCAGUGAAUUCUCAGCAAGACACAGCAAAUGUCAAAGAUCUUUUUGGCUCGGGUAACCUGGACUGUGAGUCAGAACACCAUGCUUUGUUUCAUCUGCGGUUCGUCUUUCAUCAAAAGAUGAGGUAUCAGUCUUGACAAACCCGAUAACAGUUGGAUUGAAAUGACUGUGUUCAUAAAGGAACAACCUAUCUUGUCUUCUAAUUCCACUGGCCCUAUGGACUUUUAACUGCUACUGAGCUUGCCCCCAUUUUCAUUUUGGUUCUGAGCUGGUACUGUUCCACCUGUGUCAUUGGCUAGACACAGCCUUUAUGGGUGUUGCAAUUUAAGAAGUUGACAGAAGAAAAAAUAGAAAAACCUUCAUAUUUUUGUAAGUGAGGAAAAAAGUGUUCCAAAUCAUUUUCUAUUCUCCAUAUUCCACCAUAUUAAUUAGAUUCAAGAAAAGAAAUAAACAAUAUGAGCAGGAAAUAAAUAAUGAUUCAGGAAGAAAGGAGUGGAAAAUGUUUUAAGCAAUCAAUGUAGUAAAGUACAAAACACUGAAUUUAGUGGGUAUACACCUUAAUUGGCAGUAUUCCCCAGAGGCCUUAUUUUUUGUAUUGUGGUUACCAAUGACUUAAUGAAGAGAGUAUUAUAUAUUCAAACAAACAUGCUGAUAACACUAAAUUAGGUGAUAGAGGUGGGUAACAUUGAUGCACUCAGUUUGUAACUUUAAGACUGCAACUAGGAAAAACCGGCCAAAUGGGAGCUCAUGGUGGGCAAGUGAUGAAAAAAGCAAAUGGAUGGUCAAGGUUUGGAACGUGCUGCAAAGAAGCUUUGAAUUUCUACAGUGCAGCUUGUGGAUUUUACCAAUGCUGCUACUAUGGUGAAGGGAGUGAAUACUGGUGAUGGAUGAGGUGGCAAUCAAAUUGCUCCUUAGUACUGGAUUGUGUCAAUUUUCUUCGGUUUUUGGAGCUGCAAUGAUACUGGUAAGUAGGGAAUAUGCCAUCAUACUCCUGAUAUGUGCCUUUUAGGUGCUGGGCAGGUAAUGGGGAGUCAAGAUAUGAAUUAGUCACCACAAAAUUUCUAGCUUUUGACCUCUUGUAACUGGUCCAGUUCAAUCUUUCUUUGGUCAAACUUGAUUGAAUUUUCAGAGGACGUAACCAAAUAGAUUGAUUGGGGGCAGAUCGGUAGACAUUGUCUACAUCAACUUUAGUAAAGGCUUUGACAAGGUUCCACAUGAUGGAUUAAUUAGUAAAGUUAGAUCACAUGGGAUUAAUGGAAAACUUGCCAAUUAGAUGUAAAUUUGGCUUGAUGGUGGGAGACAGAGGGGGUUGUUUUUCAGUCUGAAGGCCUGAGACAGGACUGUUCUGCAGGGGUCAGUGCUGUGUCCAGUUUUGUUUGUCAUUUUAUAUAAAUGAUUUGGAUGAGAAUUUAGGAGGCAUGGUUAGUAAGUUUGUAGGUGACAUGGUAUAAUCAACUGUGAAGGUGAUUAUCCAAGAUUAGAAAGGGAUCUUGAUCAGUUGGGAUAAUAGGCUAAAAAGUGGCAGAUGGAGUUUAAAUUUAUCUAAAUGAACAAGGGCAGGAUUUGUAUAGUUAAUGGGUAGUGUUGUAGAACUGAGACUUAGGGGUUCAGAUAAAUAGUUCUUUGAAGUUUUCAUCACAGGUAGACAGGGUGGUUAAGAAGGUGUACGUAACAUGUUUGCUUUCAUGCUCAGACCAUUGAGUAGAGGAGUUGGGAUAUCAUGUUGUGGUGAUACAGGAUGUUAAUGAGGCCACUUAUGGAGUACAGUCCUGGUUGCUCUGCUGCAGGAAGGAUAUUAAAUUGGAGAGGAUUCAGAAAAGAUUUGAGAAUGUUGUUUGAGUUAUAAGGAGAGACUGAGACCUUUUUUUUACUGGAAUGUAGGAUGUUGAGGGGUUACUUUGUAGAGGUUUAUAAAAUUGUGAGGGGCAUAGAUAAGGUGAAUAGCAAAGGUGUUUCCCCUUAGGGUGGACGAGUUCAAAGCUAGAAGUCAUACUUUUAAGAUGAGAGGAGAAAGAUUUAAAAGGGACAUGAUUUCUUUUUAAACACAGUGAUUUGUGUGUGGAAUGAACUGCCUGAGGAUGUGUAAAUGCAGGGACAGUUACAACAUUUAAAAGACAUUUGGAUUGGUUUUAUGAAUAGGAAAGGUUUAGAGGGAUAUGGGUCAUACAGUCAAGUGGGACAAGUUUCGUUUGGGAAACGUGGUCAGCGUGGAUGAAUUGGAGCGAAGGGUCUGUUUCUGUGCUGGAUGACUGAGUUAGGAUAUUCAACUCAAAAAGCGAGCCAGGCUUCCUCAGGGUAGGUCUAGGCACCACGUUGAGAGGCAACUGAGAUUAGGACAGCUAACCCCUGCUGCUAGGGUGAAGGGACUCAGGAUAUUUACAUGGUACAUGGAAUGGUUCAGAAGUGAUCUUAUUGAAAGACUUAUUAUCUUCUCAGGAAAUAGUAAAGUUCAAUAUUAGCACAAACCGAUGAGAAAAACUUUAAGCUAAGACAAAAAGUGCCUACAAGUUUACCAGCUUCAUACUGUGAGGGUGGUAAUUUACAAUAGCCUAUCCAGCAAUGAGGGGAAGAGCAGGAUGCUGGUGGCAGAAGCUAUUGUAAACAAAGUUUGUUGGGAAGUGUGCCCUUUGCAGAUCAGUGAGUAGCAAUUAGACUGGAUAUCAGUUUGCUUCAGUACAAAUUCUUGGUUGGGUCUUACACUCAGGGCCAGUUUAUUGGAAAUGAAACAACCCAACAUGAGAUGGAACUUGUUGGCCCUGACAGUAGUUUAUACUGUUGCACUGCUGGUGGAUCCUGAUUAAACAGAAAGCUGUGCUUCUGGUUGCAUUCAUACCACGUCACUAGUAGCUCCUUCUCUAAGGAGUCAGCUCCUUUCUUUGCCUUUGAUAACGUGAUGAUAUCUAACCAGACCAGAUAUAGAUAACUUUCCUUCGAGGUGAAGGUCAUUCACAUUGCUACAGGUGUCAUACAAAAUGCAAUAGAACUGUUUCACAAUUAUGCAUAUUGCCAUUGUCCUAUAUAAGUUGGGCAUUUAGUAAAAUUUAGUCUUCAGUAUGAUGUAACCAUAUUGCAGUUUCAGAAUGGUAACACUAAAUAAAGGAAUAAAAACAUGCCUCCAGCAAAAACCUUUUAUU